CAAGCUGAACAGGAAUUGAGAAUGAAGCAGAUUGCUAAAAUCGCCAAGUGGCAGGAGAUUAAACACAAAAUGGUACACCACAUUAAAGCAAAUGAUGAAUGUGAAAAUAGAUUAUCUAUAAGUGACAGUAAAUCUAACUCUAAGAAUAUUUGGACAGAUGCAUCGUACCCCGAGUUGAGCAGCUUGGAUAGCUUUAUGACGCAGCUAAAGUACGAUGGCCUUCAGGGGCUCGAGGGCUUCUUCAGGUGACUGAAGGGCUGCAGAGAGCAAUGAGUGACGAGGCCUCUAGGGGUGAGGGUCAACCUGAUUGGGGAAUAUCUCGUGAUAUCAUAUUUCAUUAUUUCGUUCGAUCGAGUAUUUCUAUGGAAUUCUCAAUUUUGAAUUUUUGGUUCGGUAGUGUAAGAUGUGGGAGAUAGACAAUGAAGAAUAUUGUUUCCUCUAUGAAAUUGCAUUCGGUACAAAAAAAUGUCUCAAGAUUCUUUGAGAUCAGUAAUGAUUAAUUACUUAAUUAAUGAAGAUAAACAGUUCAGUGAAGUGGUAAAUUGUUAAUUAAAAUUUUGAAUUUAUCUCCAAAGCUGUUUAUUUAAGGUGAAAAUGUUGAAGAACUUUUCUGCAACGGAUUAAAUUUCCAACAAAAAAGUUUUUUGAUAUUUCGUCCUAGGAGAGUUUUCAAAAUAAAUUCAUAUUUACGAAAAAUUUAGUAAUUUCAAUUCUUUGGUCAGAAAUUGAAUGUAUAAUAAUGUUUAUAAAAUAAGAAAUGUUGAAUUUGAUUUGUUAUAUAACCACUUCAUUGCUGAAUUGUUUAUCAAAGAAUUCCAUAAAUUCAUUAUUUCGUAUUGGAGUUGAGGAAUGAAACCACAGAAAUGCUCAUCUGCUCACUGGCAUUAGACGUUUUUUAGGAGUUAGACUGGAAGGUUUACGAUUUUUAUUAAUUGCAGUCUCAACCGAUGAGAUGGUACCGAGGAAAUCCGUGGUUACCAGGAUAAUAACGUGAUAUCACUAACCUGGCCUGUGAGUUAUCCACGAGUGGGUUAUGAGUGGCAAUGUAUCGUUUAAGUAUUUGAUUCAUAUUGAAUUGAUUAUGUAAAUAAUUGCUACAUGUAUUAUAGGUUCACAGGGAGAGCAUUGUAAGGUUUAUUCCAUGAAUAAAAUAAACUUUGAAGAUAA